CCAGUAGUAGACUUAACUAGUCCGUCAGCGGAUGAAUCACGCGGAUGUAUAUUGCAGUUGCAGGCCCCUCAGCUGAUGUGAAACUAGCAGGGGUAGAGAGAGAAAAGAGGAGCUGGUGCACUGUCUGUUACAACUACAACACUGGAACAAAUAGUGAAUGGUAGUGUCUAGAAAGGGUAUGUCCCUUCAGGAGAGAGGUGCCAAUGUCCAACCGGCCUAAUUCCAAUCCAGGGGGGUCACUGCGCCGUUCACAGAGGAACACUGCUGCGGCCCAGCCACAAGACCACACAGUCGCAGGAAGGUUGCAGUCAGAGCAGGUAAAAAAUAAAGUGAAUUCUCCACCUGAAAGUAAAAGACCUAAUUCUAAAGCUUCCAAAGCCACAGCCAGCUCCACCGCUGGCCAGUCCAGAGGCCACAGCUCAAGAAGAAGCGGUCUUACUCUUUCCGUGGCUUCAUUUGUGUUGCAAGACGAGCCAGAGGCUGCAGGGACAUCUGAGCAAGAACGACCAGGCCACCAGUCAAAGAGCGAGGGCACUCGCGGGCUGAAGCGAAGCGAAGCUCCUGAUCUAAUCAGUACCUUCGGACCGACCCCUGCCAAGAAGUCCAAAUCGGUCCCACCACCCAGAGACAAUACCUCAGAGACCAAGAAAGUUGCAGCAAAGUCCAAGAAGAGACCACUUGCUUCAGAAGUACCUGCAUUGUCAGGUCGCGGCCAGAGCAAGAAGAGCGGGGCCGCUGGGGCCUCACCGAUCCAGAAACGGAAGAAAGCAGACUCCCUCCCCGGUCUAAGUAGCACCGCUGGGUCCCUCCCCAAUCGUACCGAGGGCAGAACUGCAAAACCCACCAAGCUGGCGUCUAAAUCAGCCGCCUCAGCCAAAGCUGGGUGUAGCAACGUGACGGACUCCUCCUCCUCUGCCUCCACCUCUUCCUCUUCCUCAACCACAGGGCCCAGCAGCGCCACAACGCAGGGCGCCCGAGUCAAACAGGGAAAAGAUCAGACCAAGGCACGGCGCUCUCGCUCUGCCUCAAGCCCCUCCCCCCGCCGCAGCACCCGAGACAAGGAGCAGGCCAAAACCGCCAGCUCCUCAAAGUUCGAGUGGGCAGCGCGGUUCAACCCCAAAGUCAACCUGCCAAAACCCAAACUGUCCUUGCCCGGAUCCUCCAAAACUGAGACCUCCAAACCUGGGCCUUCGGGAUUACAAGCUAAACUAGCAAGUUUGAGGAAGUCCACUAAGAAGCGAAGCGAGUCUCCUCCAGCAGAGCUCCCCAGCUUUCGGCGGAGCACACGCCAGAAGACCACGGGCUCCUGUGCCAGCACCAGUCGGCGGGGCUCAGGCCUGGGCAAGCGCGGGGCAGCCGACGCUCGCCGCCAGGAGAAAAUGGCCGACUCCGACAACAACCAGGACGGGGCCAACUCGUCGGCCGCUCGCACCGACGAGGCAUCACAAGGGGCUUCAGCUUCAAGCUCCGUUGCUGGAGCAGUGGGCAUGACCACCUCUGGAGAGAGUGAGUCGGAGGACUCUGAAAUGGGAAGGCUCCAAGCCCUGCUGGAGGCCAGGGGUCUCCCCCCACAUCUCUUUGGGCCCCUGGGCCCCCGGAUGUCCCAGCUGUUUCACAGGACCAUCGGCAGCGGAGCGAGCUCCAAGGCGCAGCAGCUUCUGCAGGGCCUGCAGGCCACCGGAGACGAGUCCCAGCAGCUCCAAGCGGCCAUCGAGAUGUGCCAGCUGCUGGUGAUGGGCAACGAGGAGACGCUUGGUGGAUUUCCUGUCAAGAGCGUGGUGCCUGCUUUGAUUACGCUGUUACAAAUGGAGCAUAACUUUGACAUUAUGAACCACGCCUCUCGUGCACUCACCUAUAUGAUGGAGGCGCUGCCUCGAUCCUCUGCUGUGGUGGUCGAUGCCAUUCCUGUCUUCCUGGAGAAGCUUCAAGUGAUCCAAUUCAUUGACGUAGCAGAGCAGGCCCUGACAGCCCUGGAGAUGUUGUCAAGGCGACACAGCAAAGCCAUAUUGCAGGCUGGUGGGCUCGCUGACUGCCUCCUCUACCUGGAGUUCUUUAGCAUCAAUGCUCAGAGGAACGCUUUGGCCAUCGCAGCCAACUGCUGCCAGAGCAUAACUCCAGACGAGUUCCACUUUGUUGCUGAUUCUCUGCCCCUGUUGACUCAGAGACUCACACACCAGGAUAAAAAAUCCGUAGAAAGCACUUGCCUCUGUUUCGCCAGACUGGUGGACAACUUUCAGCACGAGGAGAACCUGCUGCAGGAGGUGGCGUCGCGGGACCUGUUGACCAACAUUCAGCAGCUGCUGGUGGUGACCCCUCCUGUGCUCAGCUCGGGGAUGUUUAUCAUGGUUGUGCGCAUGUUUUCCUUGAUGUGCUCCAACUGCCCCUGCCUGGCAGUCCAGCUUAUGAAACAGAUCCGAUUGAUCUCGCGGCCAAUCAAUGAAGAAUCACAAGUGGUUGUAACUCCUUAUGACAUAGCAGAAACUCUGCGUUUCCUCCUGUGUGGGGCCUCAAAUGGCAGCUGCCAGGAACAGAUUGAACUGGUACCCCGCAGCCCCCAGGAGCUCUACGAACUGACCUCCCUCAUAUGCGAGCUGAUGCCCUGCCUGCCCAGAGAGGGCAUCUUUGCCGUUGAUGUAAUGCUGAAGAAGGGCAGUGCCCAGACGACAGAGGGAGCCAUCUGGCAGUGGAGGGAUGACCGUGGACUGUGGCAUCCAUACAACCGCAUUGACAGCCGCAUUAUUGAGACAGCACACCAGAACGGGGAGGAUGAGAUCAGCUUGUCAACCCUGGGCCGUGUGUACACAAUUGACUUUAACUCUAUGCAGCAGAUUAAUGAAGACACAGGAACUGCACGUGGUAUCCAGAGGAAACCCAAUCCUCUUGCCAACCCUAAUACAGGGAGUCACCAGGAGGUCCGUCGAGAGGACGCACGCGCCCAGUUGAUGAAGGAGGACCCUGAGUUGGCAAAGUGCUUUAUCAAAACUCUGUUUGGGGUCUUGUAUGAGGUGUACAGCUCCUCGGCCGGGCCUGCGGUCAGACACAAGUGCCUUAGAGCCAUCCUCAGGAUCAUCUUCUUUGCUGAUGCAGAGCUGCUGAAGGAUGUGCUGAGGAACCAUUCUGUGUCCAGUCACAUUGCCUCCAUGCUAUCCAGCCAGGACCUGAAGAUUGUAGUGGGUUCUCUGCAGAUGGCUGAGAUCCUCAUGCAGAAGCUGCCUGAUGUCUUCAGUGUCUAUUUCAGAAGAGAAGGUGUGAUGCACCAGGUGAAGAACCUGUCAGAAUCUGAGAGCUUUCUUGUCACUAGUCCCCCAAAGGCUUGCCCCAGUAGUACUGCCAGUGUGUGCACUACCACCAUCAGCACUGCGUCCACCACGUCUGCUAACAAUGCAACUCCUGACCUGGGCUCCCCCAGCUUCCAGCACAGCAUGGAUGACUCACUGGACCUCAGCCCCCAGGGGCGGUUAAGUGAUGUCCUAAAGAGGAAACGGCUUCCUAAAAGAGGGCCCAGGAGGCCAAAAUACUCUCCCCCAAGAGAUGAUGACAAAGUAGACAAUCAGGCCAAGAGCCCUACCAGUACUCAGUCACCCAAAUCGUCCUUCCUGGCCAGUCUUAACCCCAAGACCUGGGGGAAGCUGGGUGCCCAGACCAACAAUGCCAACUCUGAGCCCUCACGCACAGCAGGAGUGAGUGGCCUGGCCCGGGCCCCCCCCAAAGACUCCAUUUCAAACAACAGAGACAAAAUAAAAGCCUGGAUCAAAGAGCAGGCGAGUAAGUUUGUGGAGCGCUACUUCAACUCUGAAAAUGUGGACGGCAGCAACCCUGCGCUGAAUGUACUCCAGAGACUUUGCACAGCCACUGAGCAGCUCAACCUGCAGGUCGACGGUGGUUUGGAGUGCCUGGUGGAGAUCUCCAGUAUUGUAUCAGAAUCUGAUGUGUCGUCUUUUGAGAUCCAGCACAGCGGGCUGGUGAAGCAGCUCCUGGUCUACCUGACCUCCAACACCGACAGGGACUUGCUGAGCCGCGAUGUGCGGCUCAAGCGGUUCCUCCAUGUGUUCUCCAGCUGUCCGGUUCAAGGAAUGGAGCCUCUAGGUCGUCUGGACCCCACAGAGAAUGGCCCGUACCUGGCAAUGGUGCACAAAAUGAACAGCUGCCUGAGCCAAAUGGAGCAGUUCCCUGUCAAAGUGCACGAUUUCCCCAGUGGCAACGGCAAUGGCAGCAGGGGCUCUCAGGCACUGAAGUUCUUCAACACACAUCAGCUCAAGUGUCAGCUGCAGAGACACCCGGACUGCACGAAUGUUAAACAGUGGAAAGGCGGCCCGGUGAAGAUUGACCCGCUGGCCCUGGUGCAGGCCAUUGAGAGAUAUCUCGUUGUCAGAGGAUACGGCCGAAUCAGAGAAGAGGAUGAAGACAGCGACGACGACGGUUCAGACGAUGAAAUCGACGAGUCUCUGGCGGCCCAGUUCCUGAAUUCCGGGAGUGUGCGUCACAGACUACAAUUCUACAUCGGUGACCACCUGCUGCCGUACAACAUGACCGUGUACCAGGCCGUCCGGCAGUACAGUCUCCAAGCAGAAGAAGAAAGGGAGUCGACGGACGACGAGGCGAACCCACUUGGCCGAGCGGGCAUCUGGACCAAAACGCACACAAUAUGGUAUAAGCCCGUGAGGGAGGACGAGGACGGCAGUAAAGACGCUGUGGGUGGAAAGAGGGGUCGGGCCCAGACCGCUCCAACCAAAACCUCGCCACGCAACGCCAAGAAGCAGGAUGAGCUGUGGCACGACGGCGUGUGUCCCAGUGUGGUCAACCCCCUAGAGACAUACCUCACUUCAGAGCCUCCAGAGACCAUAACCUUUGAUGACCCCUCUUUGGAGGUCAACCUGCUGCUGAGGGUCUUGCACUCAAUCAGUAGAUACUGGUUCUACUUGUAUGAUAAUGCUGUGUGUAAGGAAAUCAUGCCCACCAGUGAGUUCAUCAACAGUAAGCUGACAGCCAAAGCAAACCGUCAGCUCCAAGACCCGCUGGUCAUUAUGACGGGGAACAUCCCCACUUGGCUCAUAGAGCUCGGGAAGACUUGUCCGUUCUUCUUCCCCUUUGACACCCGGCAGAUGUUGUUCUACGUAACCGCCUUCGAUCGUGACCGAGCCAUGCAGCGCUUACUGGACACAAACCCUGAGAUCAACCAAUCGGAUUCUCAGGAUAGCAGAGUCGCACCGCGUCUUGACAGGAAGAAGAGGACGAUAAACCGCGACGAGCUGCUGAAACAGGCCGAGUCCGUGAUGCAGGACCUCGGCAGCUCCAGGGCGAUGUUGGAGAUUCAGUACGAGAACGAGGUGGGCACAGGUCUCGGGCCCACCCUGGAGUUCUACGCUCUGGUGUCUCAGGAGCUCCAGCGGGCCGACCUCGGCCUGUGGAGGGGUGAAGAGGUCACUCUGGCCAAUCCGAAAGGAAGCCAAGAGGGAACGAAGUACAUGUUCAGCUCCAAAGGACUGUUUGCUGUUCCCUUCGGAAGGACCACCAAACCAGCGCACAUAGCCAAAAUCAAAAUGAAGUUCCGUUUCUUAGGAAAGCUAAUGGCCAAAGCCAUUAUGGACUUCAGAUUGCUGGACCUGCCCCUGGGGCUGCCGUUCUAUAAGUGGAUGCUACGGCACGAGGCGUCCAUAAGCUCCCAUGACCUGGUGAACAUUGACCCCGGUGUGGCCAAGUCCAUCCAGCACCUGGAGGAUAUCAUCCGCCAGAAGAAGAGGUUGGAACAGGACCGUUCACAGACGAGGGAGACCCUACAGCAGGGCCUGGAGAGCCUAAACAUGAAUGGCUGCUCCGUGGAGGACCUCGGUUUGGACUUCACCCUUCCAGGGCUCCCCAACAUUGAGCUGAAAAAGGGUGGCAAGGACUUUCCCGUCACAAUCUACAACCUGGAGGAGUACCUCAGGCUGGUGGUGUACUGGACUCUAAAUGAAGGAGUGUCCAGGCAAUUUGAGUCGUUUAGGGAAGGGUUUGAAUCUGUCUUCCCCUUGCAUCACCUGCAGUAUUUCUAUCCAGAGGAGCUUGACCAGUUGCUGUGUGGUAGUAAAUCUGAGACGUGGGACGUGAAGACGUUGAUGGAGUGCUGUCGACCGGACCACGGCUACACACAUGACAGCCGUGCCGUGCGGUUCCUGUUUGAGGUGCUGAGCAGCUUUGAUGCCGAGCAGCAGAGACUCUUUCUGCAGUUUGUCACAGGAAGCCCCAGACUGCCUGUUGGUGGUUUCCGGAGCCUGAACCCCCCUCUGACAAUUGUGAGGAAGACGUUCGAGUCGACAGAGAACCCGGAUGACUUCCUCCCCUCGGUCAUGACCUGUGUCAACUACCUGAAGCUGCCUGACUACUCCAGCAUCGAGAUAAUGCGAGAGAAACUGUUGAUCGCGGCCCGCGAGGGCCAGCAGUCGUUCCACCUUUCCUGAUCUCUCCCCAUCUCACAUUCAAAUGCCUUCUACAGCGACUGAUGAAAUCACGACUUCCUUCUUAGUUUUUUGUAACCACAUACAUCGAGGCUACGUGUACAGCCUUCUUGUUAGAGAAAGCAGCUUGCAGAAAAAUUAAGACUUUAAAUAUAUAUUUGCUGCCCUGGUCUCUCAAAAAAACACAUACAUAAAAAAAUACAAAAAAAAAAUGGAAAAGUGUUCCAAGACUCGCAGAACUUAAAAUAUAAAAAAGAGAGUAAAACUUAUAUCAGUAGUUAAUGUUAAACAAAAAAAAAAAGAUGAAAACAUCUGGGGGACAUUUUAAAUUGCAUUGCUAUGUGAUAUUUAAAAAAAAAAAAAGGGAU